AUGGCGCACCUGUACACCUUCGCCCACACCUUCUCCGAGACCCUCUACCCCUACUUCUGCCUCUGCCUCUGCCUCACCGACCGGGGCAAGAACGCCGAGCCCAUGAAGAUCUGCCGGUUCGCCAGCCAGUCCCGGCACCACCUGCCCGGUGAAUCGGGCCUUGGGACUGUCUUGCGACAAUCGAGACUGUCUGAGAAAGCUCGAACACUGAGCCUGAAUCGGACAGUGACGGAAAGUAAACAUCACUGCGAGAAGCAUCUGGAAGAACUGAAGCUGUUUUGUGAAACAGACAAGAAAGUGAUUUGUCUGAUAUGUCGAGAUGCGCGGGAACACAAGUCUCACAGCUUCAUACCGAUAGAAGAAGCUGUUGAAAUCUACAAGGAACAGGUGAAUUCUUCCUUUGAAUCUCUGACAAAAAAGAAAUCAGAGAUCGAGCAAAUGGAGCAGCAACAGAAAGAGAAGAUUUCUGUUGUUUUGGAAGAGUCACACAACCUUCAGUCACAGAUCACAUCCCAGUUUUCUGAACUGCACCAGAUUUUCACUGAGAAAGAGCGGCGUGUACUCGCAGAUAUCCGGGAAGAAGAGAUGAAAAUUCGGAACUCAAUGGAGAAAAGGCUUCAAGAGAUUCAAGCGAAUUUAAAUUCCAUCCAAAAGGAACUCUCAACGUUGCAGGAACAGAUAGAUCAAAAAGACAACAGGAUAUUUCUGAAGGAGGAAACUGGUCGGAGAAGGAGGGUUAGUGAUGAAAUUAAUUCAUUGUCAGUGACAGAUGGUGCCUUGCCAAUUGAAAACAUUCAUCACCACUUUGUGUUGAACACGCUGUGGAGAGAAACCUGUGCCAUUCAGCGAGUCUCCGUCACCCUGGAUGUGGAAACAGCGCAUGCGCGGCUCGAGGUGUCUGUGGAUCGGAAGAGGGUGAGAUGGACCCGGACCCAGAGGGGUCUCCCUGACACCAGGAAGAGGUUUACAGACUGGCCGUGUGUGCUGGGAUCGGAGGGAUUCACAUCGGGGAGAUAUUACUGGGAGGUGGAGGUGGGGGGGAGUCGGUACUGGUGUCUGGGAAUCGCCGCAGAGUCUGUGGAGAGGAAGGGACCGGUCCCACUUACCCCGGAGACUGGAGGAUUAGGCGGUUUGAUGACGAGUUUGAUGCAUUCACCUCCCCUCCAUCCCGUCUCCCCGCCCGUCCCAUCCCCGGGAGGGUGGGAGUUUAUUUCAGUUACGAGUCCGGGACAAUUUCAUUUUACGACGCGGACACCAAGUCCCAUCUCCACACAUUCACUGGGAAUAAAUUCACGGAGAAACUUUAUCCUUUCUUCGGGCCUUGGGAUAAAAACCGGUGGCUGAGAAUCUGCUCCGGUUCCGUGUAAAAGGGUGGGGUCCCGGGACCAGCGUCAGGAGCGGGGCUUAGGGGCUGUGGGGCAGAAACCCGGUGGACAACAGGCCGGCGCUGAACGGCUCCCAUUUAAUCCCCAAAUUCCACGUCGUGAAACCCCAGUGGGCGCGGAAAUAAAACCAGGGGGAAUGUAAAUGUGGGAAAUAAACAGCAACUGAAAUCAGAGCUGUCUGUCUGUCGAUCCAUUCAUUUUAACGCAUUAACCGCAUCCGGCAAUGGAACAGAAAUUACUUUUGUGAAAAUAUAAAUAUUGAAACAAUCGCCCUUCCUGCUGGUUCAGUAGCAGCCGCGGGCAGCGGGUCCUGAGCUCCGGGCUCUCCCGGGUCCUAAAGUCCGCCGACUUUAAGUGUCGGGUCCUAAAGUCC